AUGGUAUCCGAAGACCCUGCAAUUCGUAACCGUAAACCGCUACCUACCGAUACCACCGCUGGCAUGCCUGGCGUUGGAGGCUCUACCAAGCGAAAGAUUAAGUCUGAGGUCCAAAGCGGAAUCUCAUUCCUCGAUGUCCUUCGCGUUAUCUCCGGAAUUAUAGUACUUAGCGGUGUCAUGAGUUGGUUCGUGACCGACGGCGAGAGCUUGACAUGGGGUUAUAAGCCAGCUGCUUUGAGAUGGAACAAUGUCAAGAUGAUGUUUCGCACUCCCCUAAAUCUCACUGAUGCCGAGCUCGCGCGUUAUGAUGGCAAAGACCCCAAACUCCCAAUCUAUGUUGCUGUCAACGGAAGCGUCUUCGAUGUCACCGCGAACCCGGCUACCUAUGGCCCUGGCGGCGGGUACCAUUUUUUCUCUGGACGUGACGCGGCACGUGCUUUCGUGUCUGGCUGUUUCCGCGAGGAUUUGACUUGGGAUAUGCGUGGACUCGAGGAGAUGUACAUUAAGGGUGCUGAGCUCGAGACCGACCUGGCUGAGAAGGCUGAAAUUGAAAGGCUCGAGGCGGGUGGCUCCAUGGCAGGCAGGGCGAGAUAUCUCACAAGAAGAAGGGAGAAAAGACGAGUCGAUGCUUGGGAAAAAGUCGUCAAGUCGAUUGCCCAUUGGGAUCAGUUCUUUAGGAACCACGACAAGUAUUUCUAUGUUGGAAUCGUCACACAUCCAGAUAUAAGCGGAGAGCCGAUCAGAGAGCUCUGCCAGAAACAGAAGAAGCCUUAG